AUGUCAGACAUUAAAUCAGUUCUUUUAAUUGGUGGCGCAGGAUUUUUAGGGCUCCACCUAAUUGAGCAAUUCAAUGCUAUAAGUCCACAACCACAGAUCCAUGUUUUUGACGUCAGACCAUUACCUGAAAAGCUUUCGAAACAGUUUACUUUCAACCCAAGUGAUAUAGUAUCUCACCAAGGAGAUUUAACUUCGUCUGAUGACGUUGAGAAGGCCAUUAAGGAAAGCGGCGCCGAUGUUGUUGUCCACUCAGCAUCUCCGAUGCAUGGAAAUACUCAAAAGGUAUACGAGAUGGUUAAUGUUAAAGGUACAAGAAAUGUGAUCGAUGUCUGCAAAAAGUGUAAAGUGAAGUCACUUGUAUACACUUCGUCAGCGGGCGUGAUUUUUAAUGGACAAGAUUUACAUAAUGCUGAUGAAACAUGGCCUAUACCUAAAGUUCCCAUGGAUGGUUACAAUGAAACCAAGGCGAUAGCUGAGGAUAUGGUCUUGAAGGCGAACGAUCCAAAGAAUGGUUUCUUGACUAUUGCAUUACGUCCUGCUGGUAUAUUCGGGCCUGGUGAUCGUCAAUUGGUCCCUGGACUUAGGGCGGUUGCAAAAUUAGGUCAAUCUAAGUUUCAAUUAGGGGAUAAUAACAAUUUAUUUGACUGGACUUACGCUGGGAAUGUAGCUGAUGCCCAUGUUUUAGCUGCUAAAAAGCUACUUGACCCAUCAACUUCCUCCAAGGUUUCCGGAGAGACCUUUUUCAUCACGAAUGACACUCCAGCUUAUUUUUGGGCCUUGGCCAGGACAGUAUGGAAAGCCGAUGGCCAUAUUGAUGAUAAAGUCAUUGUUUUGAAGAGACCUGUCGCAAUUCUUGCAGGUUACCUCUCUGAGUUUUUCUCGAAGCUUACUGGAAAAGAACCAGGCCUUACACCUUUUAGAGUAAAGAUUGUGUGCGCUACUCGUUACCAUAACGUUAGUAAAGCGAAGGAACUCUUAGAUUACAAACCUAAAGUUUCCAUUGAGGAUGGUAUUGCUAAGACUUUAGCGUGGAUGGAUGAAGGCCUAUAG